AUGGAGGCCAUACACGCAAGCCAACCAAGCCAACUUCACGCCGAUCUGCGAUACAUUCAGUACGAGCAUGGCCUCGAGGAGGCGUUCCUGCCCGCCAUCCGCGCCCUGAUCUCCAAGGACCUCAGCGAGCCCUACAGCAUCUAUGUCUACCGCUACUUCUUGUACCAAUGGGCUCACUUGUGCUACAUGGCGCUAAAUCCCGCCGACAACUCCCUGAUGGGCGUCAUUAUCUGCAAGCUCGAACACCAUGCGUCGCACUCCCCUCCGACCUAUAGAGGCUAUAUAGCCAUGCUGGCGGUAUCCUCGACCUUUCGAGGGCAUGGCAUAGCAACGGCGCUGGUGAAGAUGGCAAUCGAUGCAAUGGCCGAACGAAACGCCGACGAGAUCGUCUUGGAAACCGAAGAGACAAAUAUGACCGCCAUGCGCCUUUACGAGCGAUUGGGGUUUCUGAGGUCCAAGAAGCUCCACCGCUACUAUCUGAACGGCAACAGCGCCUAUCGGCUGGUCCUGGUGUUGAAGACGGCAGAUCCAGACGCUAGGGACCCCGACUAG